AUGAAAGACGAUACAACAAGUGAAUCGAUGCAACAGGCACACGAACUGAUCGAGCGAAGUUGUUUGGUGGAUUCGCAUCAUCUCUACCAAAUUACUGCCGGAUGUCUCGCAAGUUCAGACGCUGUCUCCGUGUGCAGUGAGCAGAGUUCGCGAUCAUUUCUCGGCUUAAGGCAACGUGCGGCCGCUAGUCAAGCAUCUACAGGAUUGUUAGAGCUGACACGAUGCGUCUCGAAUGUUCAAGGUGGAGGAUGUCUAGAAGCAGGAAUGGGCACCUCAAUGACCGAUAGUGCCAUCAGUAAAGAUACUGCAACUACCAGCUCGGUGGCACGUACCACCAAUAGAUCGAUAAUGUUCGAUUCUGCGAUUGGUACGGAUCUUGUCUCGAGCGAAGAUGAAUCGUGUAAUGCAGCCAUUUCGUCGUCAAGUCUUCACCAUUGUUCAAUUGCGUAUAUUCCCUCGACGAGUAAUCCGUCAAUUAUAAGGCGAACAAAUCUGAAAUUGAUCAGUGAAGAUCAACACUCCGAUCAGUCGAUCUCAGAACGAAGUUUGGAGUGGUUUGAAGAUGAGUUCGGAGACGAUGACGGUGAAGCGUUCGCAGAAUCGUUUGCUGAAUUUGGGAUUAAAAGUUUAGGUGAUGGCCAGGGAAUUGCAUUUGACCUUGACAAUGCAGUUCGACUUAAUACCUCACAGGCUGCCGAUUGCACACCUCAAACUAAAGCCAAAGCCAUCACGUCUCUGGAUAUUCCGGGUUGCGCGUCCUCUACGAACAGCCCAAAACUCGACAUUGAGGUAUAUGCUUGUGGCACAUUUUUUAGAUUUACGUCUUGUUCAGUUAUCUUCAGUUAUCAGUGUGGAGAUAUAUCUAAGGGAACUAGUCUAUGGAUAUGGUGGUGA